AUGGGUAAGGCUCCAAAGAAAAGUUUCUCGGGCUCAGGCAGCAAGGGAAACCAAGUUUCUGCCGAGAAGCAUCUAAAUUCUGUAUUUAAGUUUAAUACAGAUCUAGGCCAGCAUAUCCUAAAAAAUCCACUUGUCGCGCAGGGAAUUGUUGACAAAGCUCAGAUCAAGCCAUCAGAUGUUGUCCUUGAAGUUGGUCCCGGUACAGGUAAUUUGACUGUUCGAAUUUUAGAGCAGGCAAGGAAAGUCAUCGCUGUUGAAAUGGACCCAAGGAUGGGAGCCGAGUUGACUAAAAGAGUACAUGGCACGGCUGGCGAAAAAAAGCUUGAUAUUCUGUUGGGAGAUUUCAUGAAAACUGAUCUACCCUAUUUUGAUAUCUGCAUAAGUAACACACCAUACCAAAUCUCCUCCCCGCUGGUUUUCAAACUGAUUAAUCAACCUAAACCUCCUCGGGUGUCCAUUUUGAUGUUUCAGAGGGAGUUCGCUAUGCGUCUGCUAGCAAGACCUGGUGACUCUCUAUACUGCAGACUCUCUGCUAACGUCCAAAUGUGGGCGAACGUCACACAUAUAAUGAAAGUGGGCAAAAACAAUUUUAGGCCACCCCCUCAAGUUGAGUCAAGUGUGGUUAGGUUAGAAAUCAAGAAUCCAAGACCUAAAGUAGAAUUCAAUGAAUGGGAUGGGUUGUUGCGCAUUGUAUUCGUCAGAAAGAAUCGGACAAUUGCAGCAGGCUUCAAGUCUACAACUGUUCUUGAAAUCCUCGAAAAGAAUUACAAGGCUUUUUUAGCAACAACUGGAAAUGGCUCUGAUAUGGUGGAUGACACAGAAAAAUCAAUGAUUGAUGUUGUAAAGGCUAAAAUAGAAACCGUCCUAAAGGAGACGGGCUUGUCAGACAAGAGGGCGGGCAAAUGUGACCAAACAGACUUUCUAAAGCUUCUGUAUGCAUUCCAUCAAGUUGGCAUUCAUUUUGCCUGA